GGAAAAUCAUCUGCUGGACAAUGUUCAUGAGUUUUACCGCUGGAGAAAAGCAGCGCUGAGCUCCUGGAAUCACGUUACGUAGGGGGAGACCCCGCGUUCACUCUCGCGGGGUCGAAAUUACGGCCGCCAUCUUGGAGCGGUGGACCUGCUACCCUAAGGUAAAAGCUGAACAGACGAAGGAUGAGCUGUGUGGCGCUUUUCUGCUCGACUCGGCGGAACGCUGACACCAAGGCUAGAGGGAUAACUUUUCACAAGUGUCCCAAAGACCAACAUAUGAGAAAGAAGUGGGAGGAUUCUACAAGGACUAAGGAAUUCACUGCGAGUAAUAAUUUUGUGCUUUGCAGUGAGCAUUUUAAAAAGGAAGAUUUUGACAGGACAGGUCUGACCGUCCGACUAAAAGAUGGUGUUGUUCCAUCGAUAUUCAACCUCCCAGCUCACCUCCAGGAACCGGUAAAGAGGAGCACAACAGUAACUCCCAGAAGAACCAAAGAUAGCCAUCCUACGGUCUCUCAAGAUGACCAAGAAACGUUCACUCCACAACCCCAACUUAGUAAUACGAGGAAGGUGGAGUACCAUAAUAUUGAGAUUAUGGUGGAGGAUUACAAUCAGGUGGAGAUUGAGGAGGCGGCUAACCAUCAGAUGAAGGUGGAAAACCCUGACAUGAAGAUUGAGAAGUCAGAUGAAAAUUGAGGAGGAGAUCUAUCAGAUGG